CUUCGGGAUGUGGAGAUAGGUUAGCAGGGGCCUGGUGGUGUGGCAGCAAGGCAGCUAACAGCGCUGGUGCGGUAAAUGGUGCUGAUGGGGGCACGAAUCCUAAGCCCUUAAUUUAGCAGGGCUCAUUUCUCUCUGGGUCUAGAGGAUUUCGUUUGUCCUUCCAGGGGAGGAGUGGGCAUUGAAGUAACAGCUUGGGCUGCCUUAGGAAGGGGAAGCAGCCUGUGGGUAACUUUUCCCAGCCACACGGGAAAGCUGUGUGAGAUGUCAUGGGCCGUGCUUUGUGCACCGUGGCCAUCAGUCGGCCUCUCAAGGUGGCAUCUGCACAAAACCCCCAGCACCAGGGCACUGCUGUAAUCCCCCCCACCCCGCCCUGCAGCCAAACAUGCUCUUUAGAGUUCAGUGGUGAUGGUUGGCCAGAGUCCUGCCAAAGUAUGUGUAGCAAGUUUCACUGGCUGGAUUUCCCCUUGUGUGAAAUAAUAAAAGCCCUGGCUAAGGCUUCUGAAUCUAUUUUUGUUUCAUUAAUAUUAUUUAUUAUGUAUUUUAUUAAUAUUUUUAGGAGGGACUGUGCUCUCAUUUGACCAUUUGUAGUUGUAAUUAAUACAUUCAGUACCGGUUGUAAAAAGUGUACUUGCAUUUAAUUGCGAGUCAGGAUAAAUUAAUGGAUAUGAUUUGAAACAAAAUUCACUUAAAACGUUCUUGCAGGGAGCAAAAGAAGGGGCAGUCCCUGAAUUUCAUUUAUUUUCUGGGUGUCUGUGCUGAGAGGGUCCAAAGGAUUGUGUGGGUCUAACGGGAUGCAUGUAUGUGUCCAAGGGAAGAGGGGGCCACAGGGGGAGCAGGAAAACCUGGGCAGGAGGAGGGGCAGCCAGGAGCUCCAUUCUUUUCUUUAAUUUCUGAGGUUACCGGGACGGCCUUAAGCAAAGUGGUCAAGUCCAUAUGCUCCCGAGAAGGUGGUAAAGAAAAGAGGUUAGUAGCAAGAGGGAAGGAGCACAAAGGGAAAAUUGUACAUUGGGAGCAUUGCUCUCCUGGCUGUGGUGUAGCCAGACUGGUUUAGCAGACAGAAUGAUAGAUUGUUUUGUCAAGGGUCCCAGGGUGUGCCCUGAACUUGAAGCACUUUGUUUAUCUUGAAUAGAAAGGGAAAAGUGCAGACAUAAUCGAUGUCUAGUUUUUAGGAGCUCGAAAGAGGUAGGAGAACAGAGAAGAGUCGGGGAGGUGGGGGAGGUGCAGGCCUUGGUUGUGGCUGUCCAUUAACAGAUGAACUUGGCCGAGGGCCAAGCUUUAGAUGAGAGCGUGUCAGGGCCCCAGUGCAGCCAGGCCUUUUCAGUGGUGGUUUUUUUUUUUUUUCCCCUUUUCUUUCUUUCUUUCUUUUUUUUAAAUACCUGCCGACUGUACAUCAAAUGCUCCCAGGUCUUUGGCUAAAGGCAAGAAAAAAAAAACAUACACAGCUCAAUUUUUUUUCCCUCUGAACCAGUUGAGGCUAGUCUUUUGGCUACAUACACAGUUUCUAUCAUCUUUCCUGGCUUGCCGUUGGGAAAAAAAGAGUUGUGAUAACGCCAGUAACCCAAGGGCUGGGGAUCGGAAGGGUUGGUGUGUUCAGGAGACCAGAGUGUGUGAGUGCAUGUGCCGGAGUAUCUGUGUGCCGAGCCAGAGAGGGGCAUGGCAGGUGGGCCUGCGUGUGCAGAUAAACUUCUGCACUGGAGGGGCCUCUCCUCCCCUCGUUCUACACACGGAGCUCUAAUCCCCACGCCUGGGAUGAGUGCAGAAUAUGCCCCGCAGGGUAUUUGUAAAGAUGAGCCCAGCAGCUACACAUGUACAACUUGCAAACAGCCAUUCACCAGUGCAUGGUUUCUCUUGCAACACGCACAGAACACUCAUGGAUUAAGAAUCUACUUAGAAAGCGAACACGGAAGUCCCCUGACCCCGCGGGUUGGUAUCCCUUCAGGACUAGGUGCAGAAUGUCCUUCCCAGCCACCUCUCCAUGGGAUUCAUAUUGCAGACAAUAACCCCUUUAACCUGCUAAGAAUACCAGGAUCAGUAUCCAGAGAGGCUUCCGGCCUGGCAGAAGGGCGCUUUCCACCCACUCCCCCCCUGUUUAGUCCACCACCAAGACAUCACUUGGACCCCCACCGCAUAGAGCGCCUGGGGGCGGAAGAGAUGGCCCUGGCCACCCAUCACCCGAGUGCCUUUGACAGGGUGCUGCGGUUGAAUCCAAUGGCUAUGGAGCCUCCCGCCAUGGAUUUCUCUAGGAGACUUAGAGAGCUGGCAGGGAACACGUCUAGCCCACCGCUGUCCCCAGGCCGGCCCAGCCCUAUGCAAAGGUUACUGCAACCAUUCCAGCCAGGUAGCAAGCCGCCCUUCCUGGCGACGCCCCCACUCCCUCCUCUGCAAUCCGCCCCUCCUCCCUCCCAGCCCCCGGUCAAGUCCAAGUCAUGCGAGUUCUGCGGCAAGACGUUCAAAUUUCAGAGCAACCUGGUGGUGCAUCGGCGCAGCCACACGGGCGAGAAGCCCUACAAGUGCAACCUGUGCGACCACGCGUGCACACAGGCCAGCAAGCUGAAGCGCCACAUGAAGACGCACAUGCACAAGUCGUCCCCCAUGACGGUCAAGUCCGACGACGGCCUCUCCACCGCCAGCUCCCCGGAACCCGGCACCAGCGACCUGGUGGGCAGCGCCAGCAGCGCGCUCAAGUCCGUGGUGGCCAAGUUCAAGAGCGAGAACGACCCCAACUUGAUCCCGGAGAAUGGGGACGAGGAGGAAGAGGAGGACGACGAGGAAGAGGAAGAAGAGGAGGAAGAGGAGGAGGAGGAGCUGACGGAGAGCGAGAGGGUGGACUACGGCUUCGGGCUGAGCCUGGAGGCGGCGCGCCACCACGAGAACAGCUCGCGGGGCGCGGUGGUGGGCGUGGGCGACGAGGGCCGUGCCCUGCCCGACGUCAUGCAGGGCAUGGUGCUCAGCUCCAUGCAGCACUUCAGCGAGGCCUUCCACCAGGUCCUGGGCGAGAAGCAUAAGCGCGGCCACCUGGCCGAGGCCGAGGGCCACAGGGACACAUGCGACGAAGACUCGGUGGCCGGCGAGUCGGACCGCAUAGACGAUGGCACUGUUAACGGCCGCGGCUGCUCCCCGGGCGAGUCGGCCUCGGGGGGCCUGUCCAAAAAGCUGCUGCUGGGCAGCCCCAGCUCGCUGAGCCCCUUCUCCAAGCGCAUCAAGCUCGAGAAGGAGUUCGACCUGCCCCCGGCCGCGAUGCCCAACACGGAGAAUGUGUACUCGCAGUGGCUCGCCGGCUACGCGGCCUCCAGGCAGCUCAAAGAUCCCUUCCUUAGCUUCGGAGACUCCAGACAAUCGCCUUUCGCCUCCUCGUCGGAGCACUCCUCGGAGAACGGAAGCUUGCGCUUCUCCACGCCGCCCGGGGAGCUGGACGGAGGGAUCUCGGGGCGCAGCGGCACGGGAAGUGGAGGGAGCACGCCCCAUAUUAGUGGUCCGGGCCCGGGCAGGCCCAGCUCAAAAGAGGGCAGACGCAGCGACACUUGUGAGUACUGUGGGAAAGUCUUCAAGAACUGUAGCAAUCUCACUGUCCACAGGAGAAGCCACACGGGCGAAAGGCCUUAUAAAUGCGAGCUGUGCAACUAUGCCUGUGCCCAGAGUAGCAAGCUCACCAGGCACAUGAAAACGCAUGGCCAGGUGGGGAAGGACGUUUACAAAUGUGAAAUUUGUAAGAUGCCUUUUAGCGUGUACAGUACCCUGGAGAAACACAUGAAAAAAUGGCACAGUGAUCGAGUGUUGAAUAAUGAUAUAAAAACUGAAUAGAGGUAUAUUAAUACCCCUCCCUCACUCCCACCUGCCACCUCCUUUUUUCAUCACCCUCCCCUUUCCCCAUCGCCCUCCAGCCCCACACCCUGUAGGAUUUUUUUCUAGUCCCAUGUGAUUUAAACAUACAAACAAACAAACAGAAGUAACGGAAGCUAAGAAUAUGAGAGUGCUUGUCACCAGCACACCUGUUUUGUUUUGUUUUUUUUUCUUUUUCUUUUUCUUUUUUUCCUUUAUGUUCUCACCGUUUGAAUGCAUGAUCUGUAUGGGGCAAUACUAUUGCAUUUUACGCAAACUUUGAGCCUUUCUCUUGUGCAAUAAUUUACAUGUUGUGUAUGUUUUUUUUUUUUUUAAACUUAGACAGCAUGUAUGGUAUGUUAUGGCUAUUUUAAAUUGUCCCCGAUUCGUUGCUGAGAAAACAUGUUGCUGUUUCCAGUUCCGUUCUGAGAGAAAAAGAGAGAGAGAGAGAAAAAGACCAUGCUGCAUACAUUCUGUAAUACAUAUCAUGUACAGUUUUCUUUUAUAACAUGAGGAGGGAAAACAGUCUUUGGAUUAACCCUCUAUAGACAGAAUAGAUGGCACUGAAAGCAGAUCUCUACAAGCUAAAUGUCUGUCUCUAAAGGGUUAAAUAUAUCAAUUGGAGAUGAAGGAAAGGCCUUGAAUUGACAAAUUAACAGAAAAAUAAAACAAGUUUAUUCUAUCAUUUGGUUUUAAAAUAUGAGUGCCUUGGAUCUAUUAAAACCACAUUGAUGGUUCUUUCUACUUGUUAUAAACUUGUAGCUUAAUUCAGCAUUGGGUGAGGUAAUAAACCUUAGGACCUAGAGUAUAAUUCUAUAUUGUAUUUCUCACAACAAUGGCUACCUAAAAAUAUGACCCAUUAUAUCCUAGUUAAUCAUCAUUUUUCCCUUUCGUUUAAUCUUGUAAGCAAAACUGAUUAUACCAGUAUAAAAGCUAUUUUGCUCCUGAUGAGAGCUUAAAAGAAACGGGCUCUUUUGCCCAAAGUUUUAUUUUUUUUAAAUGAUGAUUAAAUUGAACGUGCAACGUGCAAAAGCUCUGGAACACGAUGAAAUACAUUAGUAAGGGAUUCAUUUUAUGAAGAUAACUUGUUUUAAAUAAUGUCUUUUGAAAAAAAUUCUGGCACCAGAAGAAAUAGAUCCAGAUCUACUUGGUUGUCAAAUGGACAAUCAAACGAUAAACUUUAAGACCUCGAAUAGCAUGUUAAAAAGAAGAGACUGACAAUAAGGUUUGACAGAGGGUAACAGAGGAAAAAAAAAUGUGAUUUAUUAGCACAAUGUGGUACUAUUUGCCAUUUUAAACUAGAAUAGGUGUAUAAGCUAAUAUUGAUACAAUGAUGAUUAACUAUGAAUUCUUAAGACUUGCGUUUAAAUGUGACAUUCUUAAAAAAGAAGAGAAAGAAUUUUAAGAGUAGCAGUAUAUAUGUCUGUGCUCCCUAAAAUUUGUACUUCAUUUCUUUUCCAUACACUGUGUGCUAUUUGUGUUAACAUGAAAGAGGAUUCAUUGUUUUUAUUUUAUUUUUUUAAUUUUUUCUUUUUUAUUAAGCUAGCAUCUGCCCCAGUUGGUGUUCAAAUAGCACUUGACUCUGCCUGUAAUAUCUGUAUCUUUCCUCUAAUCAGAGAUACAGAGGUUGAGUAUAAAAUAAACCUGCUCAGAUAGGACAAUUAAGUGCACUGUACAAUUUUCCCAGUUUACAGGUCUAUACUUAAGGGAAAAGUUGCAAGAAUGCUGAAAAAAAUAAUUUGAACACAAUCUCAUUGAUGAGCAUUUAAAAAAAAAAACUAAAAAAAAAAACUUUGCCCGCCAUUUACUUGACUAAUGAGCUUACUUACUCGGACUCAACAUUGCAAGCGCUGUGAAUGGAAAACAGAAUACACUUAACAUAGAAAUGAAUGAUUGCUUUCGCUUCUACAGUGCAAGGAUUUUUUUGUACAAAACUUUUUAAAAUAUAAAUGUUAAGAAAAAAGAAUUUUUUAAAAAAACACUUCAUUAUGUUUAGGGGGGAACUGCAUUUUAGGGUUCCAUUGUCUUGGUGGUGUUACAAGACUUGUUAUCCAUUUAAAAAUGGUAGUGGAAAUUCUAUGCCUUGGAUACACACCGCUCUUCAGGUUGUAAAAAAAAAAAACAUACAUUGGGGAAAGGUUUAAGAUUAUAUAGUACUUAAAUAUAGGAAAAUGCACACUCAUGUUGAUUCCUAUGCUAAAACACAUUUAUGGUCUUUUUUCUGUAUUUCUAGAAUGGUAUUUGAAUUAAAUGUUCAUCUAGUGUUAGGCACUAUAGUAUUUAUAUUGAAGCUUGUAUUUUUAACUGUUGCUUGUUCUCUUAAAAGGUAUCAAUGUACCUUUUUUGGUAGUGGAAAAAAAAAAAGACAGGCUGCCACAGUAUAUUUUUUUAAUUUGGCAGGAUAAUAUAGUGCAAAUUAUUUGUAUGCUUCAAAAAAAAAAAAAGAGAAAAAAGUGUGACAUUGUACAGAUGAGAAGCCAUAUAAUGGCGGUUUGGGGGAGCCUGCUAGAAUGUCACACGGAUGGCUGUCAUAGGGGUUGUACAUAUCCUUUUUUGUUCCUUUUUCCUGCUGCCAUGCUGUAUGCAGUACUGCAAGCUAAUAACGUUGGUUUGUUAUGUAGUGUGCUUUUUGUCCCUUUCCUUCUAUCACCCUACAUUCCAGCAUCUUACCUUCAUAUGCAGUAAAAGAAAGAAAGAAAAAAAAAAGGAAAAAAAAAAAAAAACCAAUGUUUUGCAGUUUUUUUCAUUGCCAAAAACUAAAUGGUGCUUUAUAUUUAGAUUGGAAAGAAUUUCAUAUGCAAAGCAUAUUAAAGAGAAAGCCCGCUUUAGUCAAUACUUUUUUGUAAAUGGCAAUGCAGAAUAUUUUGUUAUUGGCCUUUUCUAUUCCUGUAAUGAAAGCUGUUUGUCGUAACUUGAAAUUUUAUCUUUUACUAUGGGAGUCACUAUUUAUUAUUGCUUAUGUGCCCUGUUCAAAACAGAGGCACUUAAUUUGAUCUUUUAUUUUUCUUUGUUUUUAUUUUUUUUUUUAUUUGGAUGACCAAAGGUCAUUACAACCUGGCUUUUUAUUGUAUUUGUUUCUGGUCUUUGUUAAGUUCUAUUGGAAAAACCACUGUCUGUGUUUUUUUGGCAGUUGUCUGCAUUAACCUGUUCAUACACCCAUUUUGUCCCUUUAUUGAAAAAAAUAAAAAAAUUAAAGUACACAAUGUAAGCUUCUUGUGUCCUCAUUUGACACACUCUGUAAAUUACUUUCAAGAAAAUAACAGGUUUUAAGAGAAGGCCAGUCAGUCUUUUUCAAGAUUAUUUCUAUGGGCAUUUUGAUGCGUGUAUUAUACCCUAAAGGAACAUAAAAAUACUUACUAUAUUAAAAUAGACAUAUCUCAAGCCAUGGAAAUAGUUUAGACUUUAUAAUUCUAGAAUAAUUUUCGAGAAAUGGAAAGUGUUUUCAGUAUGAUGUUAAAAACUUCCCCUCCAUCUCUUAGCAGUAAUCCAUUCAGAUAUAAAUGAAAAACUUCCUGAUAAUAGCAUCUUAAACCUUUAUUCCCUUUGGAUUUUUUUUGUGUUCUUGUUGUCUAAAAGUUCUUUUCUAUUCUCCCAUCAUGCCCUAUCUUAGAACAUAAUGUAAAAAAGUUGUUUUUUUUUUUAAUCAGCUCUUUUGUUUCCACAUAAGAGUCUUUCCUCAUACCAAAAAUAAUCCCACCCCUCAAAUCUAAAAAUCCAGAAACAAAAGCAUCAGGUAAAAGAGAGAGGGGGAAAAAAAAAAGAAAGCAAGUAAGCAAGUAAGCAGUAACUAGGAGUUUAGCCAGCUUUGGCCAAACCUGUGGAAUCAGCCACUAAUUUCCUGAGAUAUAUGGCGGUUUGCUUUGUGAUUCUGAGAUCCUAGGGACCCUAGUUGGGACAGAUGUUGUAGCUGUUUUUAUAGGGUCUUCCUGGUUGAUAGCAAAUGAGGGUGGGAAUACCCUUCAAUUAUCUUUUGGCCAACCAACAGAUUUAUAAAAUGAAGCAACGUCUUUGAAAAGCAAGUUAGGUCUGUUUUAAAAACCCCUACUUAGAAAUCUGUGUUGUCAGUUUUACAAAUACUGCAUGUUGCAGCAUCUAUUUGCUUUAUUAAACACAUACCUCUGUGACACUGUCUCCCUGUUCCCAGUGUAGAUGAAUGGAUACGACAUUGUUCUUCUUUUUGUAAAAAACAAAACAAAAACCGUUCUGUUGUCUUGUGGUAGCAUUUCUGUUGCUCAGUUCUUAUGCCCUGGUGCCUUGUGAGGUGGCCUUUUCACAGAAUGCCUUUUAUCUGAGGCAAGAAUUGUUUUAUCUUUCUAAAAUAUAGAGAAAGUAAGUGUAUUUUUUAAAAGUCUGUUUGGGUGGGAAGCAGAGAGUGGAGGCAGAGAGGAAUCUGGUAAGAGAUGAUUUGGGAGAGCAUAAAUGGUACAGGAGCUGGGAUGGAAUGAGGGGGUACUUGCAGAACUUGAUAAUUGGCAGUGAAGUGAGGGGUGAUAUAUGUGUUUUAGAUGAGUUUAACUUCACAAGUGAAUCCAGAAUGCUGUUCAAGACAGAUAGAAAUAUUCUUCAAGUGCCAUGCCAGUUUCAGACAUGGUGACUUUGCUCCACCAUAUUAAAUGUCCAUAAAACCGCUGUGUAUUCCUAUUACUCUUUUAUUAGGCGCUCUGAGUACGGCUGUGCAGGUUUUAUAUACAGUAUUCACUUAAAUUUUUCAGUAUAUGAUGCUCUUAGUGUAAUUAGGUUUUGCAUCCUGACAGACAGAAUUAAUGGUGGAUACUGUAUGCUUGUAUGCUCAAAUUUCUUAAAUGGGGAAUGGGGAGGGUGCAAACAUCUGGUGAUAAAUCACAGAUUAUGUUUGAUUUACAUGGUCCCAAAGUUAAAUAAAUUUAUUGGGAGACAGGUUCUUCAGGGUUCUCAGUCUCCUGACUUAUUGAAGCCCUCUUAUAAAAUAUUAUUUCUGAAGCUGCGUGAACAAUAGAAGCCUGAAAACCUAGGCAACAAGAAUAUAACUUAUAAAUGACAUCUUGUAUCUGGAACCCUAAAAUUAAAAAUCUUAAUAUAAAAUAACAAAAAACAUUUCCAACAGUAGGGUGAAGUCAUGAUAAAGCUUUAAAACGAGGAAUUGCUAAGGACAUGAACACAUUUCAAAAUUCUCAACUUAAGUUUAUGUGACACCCCUGAUGUGUUGAAUGCAAUGUUCUCUACAUACUUGAACUCCUAAAGCUUAACAUGUUCCUUUUUAUCUUCAUUUUGAGAACAAUUUAAUAAACAGGAAUACAGUAAAUACUAUUUCUCACAGAUUUUAACCCAGACACUCUCCAGCACAUGUACUACCUUCAUCCUGAAACCAGUAACUCUCCUCUCUCUGCUUAGGACCUACAAAAAGAGUGAGACGAACAUAUUUUAAAGGUUGCUAAGAAGUGAGGUGAACGCUUGGGUCUUCGUUUGUACCAGCAAUGGCAGGAAGUGUGAAGUAGCUGAGCUUUUCCCAGGGCAUUCUGUGAUAGAACUGUUUAUUUAAAUACCAUUUUUGUAUAUGCAAUAAGUUCAUACUGUAUAUAUUCACAAUGCUUGAAGUGAGGACUUGAAAGGAAGUGGCGGCGGGGGCUAGAUAUCAUUUCAUUUGGAGAAAUAAGGAAAUGAGCUGGUUUAUUCACAGACACUAAAAGUUUGUUAAAAGGUACUGGGAUAUUUCAGGCCUUCCUGGAAAGGAGUUGAGAAGCCUCAGGCCCCAUUCUGUCCUGCUUCAAACACUUUACUCUCAGAGAGUGAGGGAGGAAAUAGCAGUGUUUUCGUUUUUUAAACCCCUCCCCGGCUCCAUACACACAAACAUGAUUUCUUAUGACUGUGUUGUAGUCGUGUGUUCUUCAUUAUGAUUCUGUUACUCCAUUGUCCCUGGGCCUGGUGUGUUCAAGAAUGUACACAUCCUAUGCUCUUUUUUUCAGACUACUUCCCAUUUAAAAAAAAAAAAAAUUGUGGGACUUUUGCUGGUAUGAGGAUGGGAUUAGCAGUGUUCUUUAAACCUGCUUGGAAAAGUGUUUUAUAAAAGACUGUUAACUUUUAAAAGGCAUUAGCCACUUAGCAAAUUUUCCUAAGUGUCUCCUAAGGCCCUGCAGCUUUCCCAAUUAACAAUAAAUGAACCCAUUUUUAGAGCCAUGGACAUCAGAACACAUAGAUGGAGCUGGGAUUAUGUACAUUUAUUCCAGGGUUGCUUUAGCUACAAAUUGUAGACAUGGGUUGGUGGGUCUGUUCUUUUGCUUGCUGUCAUCUUGUUAUCCCAUUAGCCCGCUGUUUCAUUUAGUAAAACACAUGGCCAGUGAAUCAGCCUUUAAGGGGAUGGGCCUAUUUCUCUCUCUCUCUCUAUUUCCCAGUGUCAUUCAUGAUCAUGGGAUGCGAUCAAUUCCUCCCUUUCACAUGGGAAAGGAGACCGAUACAGUUCACGUGGGUCCAUUGUACUCAAGAACCUAAACUUGGCUGAAGGCAACUCAAUGGUUGAUCCAAAUACUGUUUUCCCUUUCUGUAAAGUGAUAAAGGGAGCAUUUAUCAGGUCUUUAUGAGAUGGCAGAAAAGGCAAAUUAAGCCAUUUCCCCAAAGUCUAUCCUUUAAAGUAGGACCCCCAAACCCAUAGGGGGGGCUGUGCUUUUAAAUAACAAUGGAUGUGGUACAUGCCCAUGCUAGCUAUACUUUGUCUGUUAGGAUUUUAAAUAUUGGUAGCAGGUCUGACAAAGGGGUUUGAUGGGGGGUGGGGUGGGUAUCAGCGAAAGGGGCCUCGACGACAGUGACUUAGGGCUGGGCUGGGAAUGGAAUUCCCAAGAGCCCACCUGGACACAGCAGGCCCCUCAGCCCAGGUCUCCACUGCUCAGGGUGGGGGGAUUCGAGAAAGCAGCUGAGCUCCAGACCCUGGGCCUCCUGCGGCGCCAAGUCAGGGGAGAGGAGGCCCCAGGCCCCUGCUUCGGGUCGCCAUGGCAACGAGGCCUGGAAUGCCACAGUCGUAGCCCUCUUCCUCGGCACAUCCGGACUCCCAGUUCUGCUGCUUCGAGUCAAUGUACAAAGCAAGGGAGGAACCCUGGAGGAAAAUAACCACUCCCUUCUUCCCUUCACCACUGCCUUGUCCCCUUACAAAAAAGAAAAAAAAGAAAAGAAAACUGCAUGUUUGAAAGAAACUACAGGCAGUUUUUGGUGCCAUUUGGGAGCAACUAUUUUGAGCUCUGGUUUCCUCUUCAGAGAUUUGUUCGCCUCUUGUAAAUCGUUGGCUGCUUUGACGUUGAACUUGAUGACAUUUCAUGUUUUCGUUGUGCUGCUUUUACAUCAAUUUUGAGUUUUUUGUUUCUUUAUAAUUUUAUUAUUAUUUUAAGGAAAUGUCCCCCUCCCUCCUCCUUCCCCUGUUCUCCUCAACCAAAGGACUGUUUCCUACUCAGUUUUCUCAGUCAUAAGGGAAAGUGUUUCCUUCCAGGUGUGUCCCCAGCUUAUUAGGACUGUCCUAUGAUCGGGGAGGGUGUCCGGGUCCUUUGGGGGAAGGCGGGGAGGGAGGCAUGGGGAAGGCACUCAGAGGUCAGAGAUUUGGGGGAGGUGGGGGAGAUUGAGUUUGAAAUCAUGUUUAAGAUGCCGGUGGCUCAACCUGUGCUUGAUUUAAGUUAUAAUUUUAAAAAGCUAGUUAGAGAACAGAAAAUGACUGGGCCAAGUCACACCUGUACUUUUUUUUUCCCCCUCCUCUGUCUCCAACCUCUUUCUAGGUUCUUCACACACCCCCAUUCGGCGUAGUACCCAGAGAGCUCAAGAUGUGUGGCAGUUUUCGGAUGGAAGCUCGAGAGCCCUUAAGUUCUGAGAAAAUUUGAACCCCCAGGGGCGGGGUGGACGCGUGCCGCCCAGCCGACAUCUGCGUGGUCUGUCAUCCUGCUAGUUUGUGAUGUUUUCUGACAGUAGCCUCCAAGAAGCCGUUGUGCGAAGACAGAGUCCUGCAGUGUCCUUCCUGCCCGGGCCUGCAGUGCCAUUUUAUUUAUAUUUUUUAAUAAAAAGUAAAAACAAAAAAACAGACCCACAUUGGAACAGUGAAUCAGUCCCAUAUUGAGGGCCCAUGGACCAUCGCUGUCCUGAGUGCCGUCCUGGCCCUUCUGAGACCAGCCAACCUAAUUCCCCGUAUUGUGGAAAUGAGCAUGAGUCCCCCAGACCCCUUGUUUCUAUACAUUCUAUGUUGUCUUUUAAAAAGUGUGCUUAACAUUGACACAAUAAAUGUUGGAGCUUUA